GGAACGUGAAAGUCGCGAUGCUGAAUUAACGGAAGGUGUUUGGACUCGACGGGCAGGAUGGAUUGUGUGCGCGCGCUGGUUCUCGCCUUUCUGUCUCUCCACGCGCUCGCCGUGGCCAACGCCGACAGGAAAUUCGGUUGUCUGUUUGGGGAUGAAGUAUGUGAGUCUUAUGAAGUCUGCAUCAAUGAUGGAGUAUUUGGGCGAUGUCUCCAAAGAAAGAGUUAUUCAGGCACAGUUCCAUAUACCUAUGAUGUGUCUCCAGCAGUGAUUCAACGUUUGAGGAAUGUUCUCAAGAAACUGGCCCACAGAGGAUAUACUUGGCAGGAUGACACAACUCAGGAAGUAAUCUCAAAAGAGCUCUCUCAGCUACACAAGGUUACUCUUGGAGGAUAUACAAACACCUUCUCUCGUUUCACAGGCAACUCCAGAGUUCCAGAUGCUGACAGGAAACUUAAGGCUCAGAAAGAAGAACUUAGCAGGACACUGCAGAGGUACCUACAGGAGCUCGGUUUCCUGCCUUCUCAUGUUGCCUCCUUGAAACAGAGUCCUCAAGGGCAGCAAAUCCUUUGGAAGUUCAAGGGAAAUGGACCUCCUAAUCAGAAGGGUUUCAUCCAGCUCAAAGAGCAGCCUCCUCCACCCCUCAUCUCCUUCCUUCAAGUUCAAACUGAUCUCCAUGAACGGCCUCCCCCAAGUCGAUCAUUCUUCACUGGUUUUGAGCAAGAUCGUACUGGAGUCCCUCUCACUGAGCUAGAGCAGUAUCAAGCUGGUUUCAUGAAAGCACAAGAUCUUGGUAAAGGUCAACCACAGGGUAAUCUGCAUUAUUUUAGCCUUCAGCGUACUCCUGCUACCAAAACAGAAAAACUGCCAGGAGCUUCCAAGCAACCUCCCACCCUCUUUUCCAAACCUGGAGCAAGCAGCGCUGGUUCCAAGGGUGCCCUCAGUUUAGUAGAUGAGAAGUUCAUUGACGGAGUGGUAAACCAGCUUGGACACCAGAGCGUCAAUGUGGAUGCUUUGACACCAAAGGACCUUGACCAGCUUUCCAAGGUCAUCACCCAGGCCUUGCAGGUGGUAGACGGAGUGGAAGGGGUCAAAGAUAGAGAGGUCACACAGAAUGAAACGCCAGAGGAUAAGGUGGAGGAGAAGAGGAAACCGGGUGAGCAGUUAUACCAGGUGGAGAAAACUGAAGACACUACAGCUAAAGCAACACAAACUGAAGAAAGUGCCAUUAAAUUGGAUGACAAGGACAAAGGUUUUAUUAGCCAGCUACUGGAGUUCUUGGAUCAGAACGCUGGCCCUGAAUCUGCUGGUCCUCCCCAAGCAGAAGAGCCUUUUCUGGGUUACAUGGAUCAGCCAGAUGCUGGAAGCCCAGUGAGAGCUAGUCUGGAGAAUGUCCAGAGUCGGACAACACAAACAGAACUGGAUGUGAUGAAGAAGAAAAUGGAACUUGAGAUUUUGGGUCAAAAUUCUCUGGGAGACUCAGAGGAAGACCAUUGGAUCCACAUUUCCCCAGAAGUGGAACCAGUGGUUAAACCAGAAAAACAGCCACAAAAAAAUUCCAUGGAGAAAGAGGAGGUGGAAAAGAAGGGUGUGAGAGUGGAGGUGAAUGUUGCAGCAUAUUCUAGUCCACACAGUGGAGACUUUGGCUACAUUAUCACUGAAGAUUCUCUUUCCACUGACAAAGGUCUGAAACUUAUGGAGCUCUUAGCUGAGAGAGUCAACCUUCGUGUAACAGAUUUUUUACAGCUCUCGGUUCUGGGUCCAGCAGUAACCUUUCGAGUGCGCCCCAAUGCUCGUAACAUCAGCACGGCCCAGCUAGCCAGAGUGGCAGUUGAACAGAAAGGACAGCUGGAGAAGGAGAGUGGUCUGCAGAUUCUUGAGGCCGGACUGAGUGAAAGGGGCAAAUUGAACCAAAUCCCGGUCGUCAAACAAAGUCAAUUGGAGCCAAGCAACUUUUUGAUUCUGGUGGUGGUCUCCAUGGUUUUUAUUGUCAUGGUAUUGGGGAUGUCAGGGAUGCUGUACUGCUUACGCCAUCGCUCCCACCAUAAGCUGAAGGAGAAGCUUGCUGGUUUGGGAAGUGACACAGGCCAUGAUGCCACAGCAGCCUAUCAGGAUCUCUGUCGCCAACACAUGGCGGUGCAGACAUCAGAGCGUGGAGAGCGAUCAGAUCAGGUGUUCCACCGGUCGCACACGUCACGCAUUAACAGUGUGUCAUCACAGUUUAGUGAUGGACCAAUGCAGAGUCCUUCUGCCCGCAGCAGCACAUCCUCCUGGAGUGAAGAGCCAACACAAACCAAAAUGGACAUCUCUACUGGACACAUGAUACUGUCAUACAUGGAGGAUCACCUGCAGAAUAAAAACCGUUUGGAUAAGGAGUGGGAAGCUCUCUGUAGUUACCAGGCUGAGCCAGCAGCAUGUGCAGUGGGUCAGGAGGAACAGAACAUCCAGCGCAACUGCCCACAUGGUGUCCUUGUGUAUGAUCACUCCAGAGUCAUUCUGAAGCCGGAGAAUAACCAGUCCAGAUCUGAUUACAUCAACGCCAGUCCCAUUAUGGACCAUGACCCCCGAAACCCAGCCUAUAUCUGUGCUCAAGGUCCUCUUCUCUCCACUGUGGCAGAUUUCUGGCAGAUGGUUUGGGAGAGUGGUUGUGUGGUGAUUGUCAUGCUAACACCUCUUGCUGAAAACGGCAUCAAACAGUGUCAUCAGUAUUGGCCAGAUGAAGGCUCUGAUCGUUACCAUAUAUAUGAGGUAAAUCUGGUCUCUGAGCAUAUCUGGUGUGACGAUUUCCUGGUGCGCAGUUUCUACCUGAAGAACGUCCAGACCAGUGAGACCCGCACAGUUACUCAGUUCCACUUCUUGUCCUGGAUGGAUCAGAAUGUUCCAGAGUCUGCUAGAACCUUGCUGGACUUCCGUAGAAAGGUUAACAAGUGCUACCGAGGCAGGUCUUGUCCAAUAAUUGUUCACUGCAGUGAUGGCGCCGGUAGGAGUGGAACUUACAUUCUGAUUGACAUGGUUCUAAAUAAAAUGUCAAAAGGUGCUAAGGAGAUUGAUAUUGCUGCUACCCUAGAGCAUCUAAGGGACCAGAGAUCAGGAAUGGUACAAACUAAGGAACAGUUUGAAUUUGCAUUGACUGCUGUUGCAGAAGAGGUGAAUGCCAUUCUCAAAGCUCUGCCUCAGUGAAGGAUAACUUUCACAAACUCUUCCAACCUUUUCUUCUUCAUUCCUUUUUGGGCAAAGUGAUCUUUUUCUCUUACAUUGUUAGAAACUGAUAAAAUUAUUGAGCAAACCUAUUGGUAAUCUAAUCAUUAUGGAUAAUUAUGAAAAAAAAAUCACAAUGUACAUUUCCAGCUCUAUCUAAAUUCUGAUGUAUUUUAUUGCAUAAGACAUUUCUUGGUCUUAAGUGUGCAAGAUUAUUUAGCCUCAUUGUUUAGAAUGAUAUUCAACUAGGCAUGCAGUCAUAUAUUGUAUUUGCAACUCAGAUUGGUGGUUACAUACCCACUUGUGUAUAUAAAAUAUCUGAAAUAUAUGUUUGUGUGAAGCAGAUGUUAUCUUACCAGUGCUGUAUUACACUGUAUUAGUCUUCUGCAAUUAAGUUAGUGUCCUGUAAGUAACAAUAUUAAUGCGAUGAUGAAAAUACUAUAUUACAGUUCUAACAAUUGUGAUCUUGAAAUCAUCUUUCUGUUGUUAUAUAUUGUGUUUCUAGAUUAAUUUAUAAUCAGAUUGUAUUACAUAUAGAUUAAUUUAUUAUACAAACAGUGUGAACCCUGUGAUUUAAAAUGGUCUGCCAAAAUGUAAUUAUACAUAUUAUUUUUGUUUGUAUGAUAUUAAAGUAACAAUAAACUUCAAAGUGUUGAAGCUUGA